AAAUUUGUGGGUUUCUGAAAUUCCAUAGUGUCCAUAUUUGCCGUUAGAAGAAGAUCCGCAUCUGUUAAAAAAAAGAAGCAGCAUCUAUUACUUAUUUAGGGUUCUACAGAGAAAGAAAUUGAUCACCUUUUCAAUCUGAAUAUCUCUUUCCUUUCGCCGGACGAUUCCCCCACUAGAAGAUGAAGCUCAAGCAGUUGGAAAGUCUUCUUGGUACCCUUCAACAGUUCCCCAACCCAAAGAUUGAGCUAGAACAGUACCCGACAGGACCCCACAUCGCUUCCCGGAUGCUGUACACUGCAGAGAAUUCCUUUGAGGAUGUGAGCAACAAGGUGGUGGCAGAUUUUGGUUGUGGGUGUGGCACAUUGGGUAUUGCAGCUGCUCUCCUGGGUGCUGAGCAUGUUAUUUGUCUCGAUAUUGAUGCUCAGUCUCUUGAAGUUGCAUCGAUAAAUGCAGAAGAUCUCGAGUUAGAAAUGGACUUUGUUCAAUGUGACGUCAGCAAUUUAGGAUGGAGAGGCCCAGUUGUUGAUACUGUUGUUAUGAAUCCUCCAUUUGGAACCAGAAAAAAGGGGGCAGAUAUGGGUUUUCUCUCUGUGGCAUUGAACAUUGCAUCACAAGCUGUCUAUUCCUUGCACAAGACUACGACGAGAGAUCACGUGAAAAGGGCAGCGAUGCAGUAUGGUGCUAGCAGUGCUGAGGUUUUAUGCGAGCUUCGCUUCGAUGUGCCCCAACUAUACAAAUUUCACAAGAAAAAGGAGGUGGAUAUUGCAGUCGACCUCUGGCGAUUCGUUCCACAGAUAAAUGAAGGAAAGAGUUUCUAGUGCCAACUUAUCAAGGGAUGAAUGUGCCUCAGAUGUUCUGCUAAAACAACAAUUCUGCAAUCCUUGCUAUGCAUAGAAACGCAGAGCUGUUCAUGUAACAGUUGUCUUAGCAAGGAACCCUUUAUGACCGUAUAUUUUGUACAAACCUCAAGAAUAUCUAUGUCAACCAGAUAUUUGAAGAA